CAACUUUCAGAUCUGGAAAAAUAUGUUGAAACGUAUGAAUAACAACUAGCCAGUCAAAAAUAAAUAGAACGAAUGUAAACAUAGUCCUACGAAGCGGAUGUGACGUAGAACAACGGCGCCUUUCCGGAUUCUGAGAGGACACAAACUGGUGGGAGCGAUGACAUGCACGCUAGAGAAAGUGCUGGGCGAUGCCCGCACACUGCUUGAACGGCUCAAAGAGCACGACACGGCGGCGGAGAGUUUGAUCGAGCAGUCGGGAGCGCUGAGCCAGAGAGUUCACAGCAUGAGGGAGGUGGGGAACGCGCUGCCAGACAAGUACCAGGAGGACAGUUCUGAACUGAAGGAGUUCUCCAAGUACAAGCCGCACAUUCUGCUGACCCAAGAGAAUACCCAGAUUAAAGAGCUACAGCAGGAGAACAGAGAGCUGUGGCUGUCUCUGGAGGAGCAUCAGUACGCACUGGAGCUGAUCAUGGGCCGGUACCGCAAGCAGAUGCUGCAGCUGAUGAAGGACAAGAAAGAGAUGGACACCCGGCCCGUGCUCAGCUUGCAUGAGGACCACGCCAAGGAGGUGCAGAAUCAGCUGGAGCGUAUAUGUGAGAUGGGACAGGUGAUGCGGAAAGCCGUCCAGGUGGAUGACCAGCACUACUGCACCGUGAGGGAGCGGCUAGCCCAGCUGGAGAUUGAAAACAAGGAACUGCGAGAUCUUCUGUCCAUUAGCAAGAGCUCCCUGAAGUCACAGGUGGAGGAAGUAGCCCAGACCCAGACCCAGGCCCAGCAGCCUGAGCCGGACCCCAAGCCCGAGGCAGAGUAGUGGGGCAGCGGUGGGCGGAGUUUUGAGCGUAGUGGGCACAGUGAGUCACUCCAGUUCUUCAAGGGCCAUUUAGCCUGACGUCCUUCCUGCCCUCGGUUACUCGGGUUUAGAACCGCGUCCGGGAAAGAUAUUAGAUUUUAUUUUCCCUUCAUAGCUCCGUAUUGGUCAUUUUUCCAAAGUAUCCCAGCGGUCCAGGGACUAGGCUGGUUUUUGAAGACUGAAGUUUACCCCCUCACUAAGAUCCCCCCCCCCCCCCCCCCCCGUGAAACUGAGUGAAAUACCAACAAUGGAUUCUUUAAUUUUGUAAGGAAGAAAUUCACUUUCACAAAAAGAAUAUUACUAAUACAGCAGUUGUCUUAUCUUGGAUUGUUGCUACCUCUUGGUUUCUCGGUCUGUCUUAAAUGGUAAAUGUUAAAAAUUAAUUGGACAUUGUUCUACUGUUUAAGCUUUGAAACUUGCUUAAAAUCCUGACGGCAGUUUUUCAUCUUGGAAUAUAAGUGACAUCUUUGUUUCCUGGCCCUAAGAACAUCAGAGUUACCCAUAAUUUACAUUAGCGUGUUAUUAUAUUUAGUAUGGAAGUGUCCUGAUGUAUUUAUGCUCCUUUAUGCCAUUUUGGUUGUAACACAAUUGGUUUCAAUAUGAAAAUGUCUCUCUGUAUGAGUGCAGGUCCCAGUUCUGGACCGUUGCAUCUAAUUUUGAGUUUCAAAAAUCAGGAAAAAAAAACAUCCAGUGAGCUCCCCGGUGGACUACCAUUCUGAGACCUGGAACAUAGAGGCCUUUGAACAGUUACAUUGUGUCCUUAUCCAGCAUGUCAAUCAUAACCUGCCAACUUACCGAACCAAUCAUUUUAAACGAGAAAAAUAAGCUGAAAAUGAGCAUAGCUGUCCAAUCUGCAGACCACAUUCACUUUUUGGUUUUUACUGUACAGGUAGUUUCAGUGUCUUUACUUUUAAUGUGUAAAUAAUUUGCCCAAGUACUGUUAUAAAUAAUUGUAAUUAAAGUCAAUAUCUCUCUGUA